GGUGUGGAGCUGUCAGCACAUUCUCAGGCUGAAGGAACUAUUUGCUUGUACUUUCCGUCACACACACACACACACACACACUUCUUCUCCUUGCUUCAGACAGCACAAAGCUCCAGUCAUGAAUCUGUACCUCAUCCUGCUUCUCUCUGUCCUCUCGGCAGUUCACUGGAGCCAUAGUCAAGACCCGGUGGAGGAGGAAGUGAUUGUUGCACAUCAUGUGCAGCCUCUAGGAGGUUGGUCUGUAGUCAACCCCAAACAGGAAGAUGUCCAAGAGGCUGCCAGAAAAGCUGUGGAGAGAUUUAACUCUAAAUCCAAGGCAAAGAAGUACUUUAAACUUGUAGAUGUAACAUCUGCACAAGAACAGGUCACUGACGUGAUAAACUACAAGAUCGACAUAAUCAUAGGAAGGACAAAGUGCCUAAAAACUGAGCCCGGAGUUCUGGAAUCCUGUGAUAUGACUGAAAAGCGGCUCAGGUGCAAGUUUGAGGUUCAGUUCAACCCAAGGAACAACAAAUAUGCGGUGAAGAUGGUGUCUUGCAACAAAUAAUCUACAGAAAGCAUAUUACUCUUACAAUGGCAAGAAGGAAACUGUACGGUGUUUAAAGAUAUACAGACAGGUGACAAAUUAAAGGAAAAAACAACAUGACGAGCCGCCAGAACAGCUUCAAUGCUCUUGGCAUCAAUGCUACAGUCUCUGGAACUGUACUGGAGAGAUGAACACUGUUCCAAAAGAUAUUCCCUCAGUUGGUGUUUUGAUGAUAAUGAUGAUGAUGAUGAUGAUGCUGGUGAAGAGCUCUAUCUAACAUGUCAAUCCAAAAUCUUUCAACUGGUUGAGAUCUGGUGAAUGAGAAGCCCAUAGCAUAUGAUUUACAUCAUUUUCAUCCUUAUCAGACCAUUCAAUGAGCCCUCAUACCCUGUGUUUGGGGGCAGAGUCAUGCUGAAAGAGACCACUCUCAUCAGGAUGGAAAUGUGUCAUCAAGUGUCAGUCAGAGGAACGCUGUAUUCAUUUGCAGUUACUCUUCCCUCUAAGGGGACAAGUGGAGCCAAACCGUGUCAGCAAAAGAAAUAAAUAAAUGUCAUCACAGCAUCAUAUAGCCACCGUUUUUUUUCCUGUAAUUUGUCACCUGUCUGUAAUAGCUUGUGCCUUACUGAUGUGUUAAUGCAGAAUAGCUCCCUCUAGAAGGGCUUUAUUAUUUUCAUACUAGAAAUUGGGAAAAUGUUAUUGCUGUAUAUUGUAUAAUCAGAAAACUGUAAUAAAUGUAUGUUAAACGAUGUAUGAAAUAAACAGGCAUGACAUUAUUGCA